ACACCCUCAGCUUCUCCAGAAGAAGGGCCACGAGAGUCAACAAGAUGAAGGUUCUGCUGUGCAGUCUUGUCCUUAGUCUGCUUGUUGCCAGUCAAGGUGAUGCUCAGAUAGACGCCUCUCAGUUCACAGGAAGAUGGUUAACCUAUUACAUGGCAGCCAAUAACAUAGAGAAGAUCACCGAGGGUGCGCCAUUCUACGCUUUCAUGCGUUACAUUGAGUUUGAUGAAGAAAAUGGCACCAUACUGAUGCAUUUUUAUGUCAAGGAGAAUGGAGAAUGCAUAGAAAAAUAUGUCUCAGGCACAAAGGAAGGAAACUUUUAUGCUGUUGACUGUAAGUAUGAACGUUUCACUGGAAAGAGUACAUUCAGGUAG